AAAACCUGAGCUUCGUUUUGCCCCUCCUCCCAACUGGGAAGGAGUGUGUGUGUGUGUGUGUGUGUAUGUGUGUGUGUGUGUGUGUGAGAGAGAGAGAGAGAGAGAGAGAGAGAGAGGUUUGUUUUUCCCAUCAACCUCAUCAUAUACACAACUCUCCCACUUCUGUGAAUUUCCCUAUGGAUACCUGGUGUCACCGAAGAUGGAAACCAUCUAUUUGUUUUUGUUGAAAGCAAUGUCAUGCUAGCAUCAUCUCAACAACACAGCAAAGAAGUAAAACGCACAUAGACCACCAUUUCUUCAACUCAAACUGCAGUGAACAAUGGGGAAAGGAUAUUACAUCAGCAAACAAAUGGCCACUGCAGCCAUGGUACUGGCUGCAAUAGCCUUGUUGACCAUCAUUGCGUUAUCAGUCGUUUAUAAUCGAGAAAAGUCCAAAAAUGCAGCAAAAUUCACUAAUGUAACUACAUCACCAGUAUCUCCCACCUCGAAGACUUCGAACGAACCCUGGGACAAAUACAGACUGCCCGAUACUUUGUCUCCGCAGUACUACAACGUGACUCUUUGGCCUCGUUUGGUGAUGAACGCCGACGGGAUGUAUAUUUUCACUGGGAGCUCGGGGGUGAUGUUUACUUGCGCGAAGAAGACAGAUCUGAUAUUAAUUCACUCCAACAAACUGAACUUGACUCUGUUCGAGGGGCACCAUGCAAAGCUCACGGGUCUGAACGGCGUAACAGCUCCUGAAAUAAAGACCACCUGGUUUCAGACGGAAACACAGUACUUGGUGAUUCGACUGGAGGGAAAACUGAAGCCUGGGAAGUCCUACUGGCUCUAUACAGAGUUCAGAGGAGAGCUUGCUGAUGAUCUGGAGGGUUUCUAUAGGAGUGAAUACAUGGAAGAUGGUGAAAAGAAAAUUAUUGCCAUCACUCAGAUGCAGGCCACUUACGCUAGAAAAGCUUUCCCAUGUUUCGAUGAACCUGGCAUGAAAGCUGUGUUUUACAUCACUCUCAUCCAUGACCUGGAAACUACAGCACUGUCAAACAGCCAGGCAUUUAAGAAAGAAAAUGUCAUCAUCAAUGGAACAGCCAUUACCAGAACAAUAUUUGAACCCACAAAGAAGAUGUCAACAUAUCUCGUCGCAUUUAUCAUCAGUGAUUUUACCCACAUCAAGGCUCAAGUCAACAAGGGUGUUUCGGUAAGAAUAUGGGCACGGAAAAAAGCCAUUGAAGACGGGCAAGGACACUAUGCGCUCAACAUCACUCAGCCAAUACUGGAGUUCUUCGAGAAAUAUUACAACACUAGCUAUCCGCUUUCUAAAUCAGAUCAGAUUGCGCUGCCUGACUUCAAUUCGGGAGCCAUGGAAAACUGGGGUCUUGUCACUUACAGAGAGACUGCGCUUCUAUAUGACCCGCAGACGUCUGCCAAUGGCAACAAGCAGAGGAUUGUAACUGUGGUUUCUCACGAGCUGGCUCACAUGUGGUUUGGAAACCUCGUGACGCUGAAAUGGUGGAAUGAUCUCUGGCUGAACGAGGGGUUCGCUUCAUACGUGGAGUAUCUGGGCGCUGAUUAUGCUGAGCCAACUUGGAACAUUAAAGACCAGAUCAUUCUGUACGACCUGCAAAGAGCGUUUGCUGUGGACAGCUUGACUUCCUCUCACCCUCUCUCCCGAAAGGAGGAAGAGGUCAACACUCCCUCAGAAAUUAGCGAAAUGUUCAGCACCAUAUCCUACAGCAAGGGAGCUGCGGUGCUGAAAAUGCUCUCAGAAUUCCUGACAGAGCCUGUGUUUGCCAAGGGACUUAGCAAUUAUCUGAACCAUUUUGCUUUUGGAAGCUCAGUGUAUUCAGAUCUCUGGGAUCAUCUUCAAAAGGCAGUAGAUCAAACUCCAGGGGUGAAACUACCGUAUAGUGUUCAUGACAUCAUGAACCGCUGGAUACUACAGAUGGGUUACCCAGUAGUCACCAUUGACACUCGAACAGGGAACGUCAGCCAAAAGCACUUUCUCCUGGAGAAAGAAGCAGUGGUGGAAAGGAAAUCUGAAUUCAAUUAUGAAUGGUUUGUGCCCAUCAAAUGGAUGAAAACAGGCCAGGAACAGGAUCAGCUGUGGCUUCUACAGAAAUCAGCUAUUCACAAACUCAUGAAAGUCAGCAAAAGCGAAUGGGUGCUGGCCAACCUCCACGUGUCAGGAUACUUCAGAGUGAACUACGACAUUGGAAACUGGGAGCGACUUCUCAGCCAACUGGAGUCAGAUCACCAGGUGAUACCUGUGGUGAACAGAGCUCAGAUUCUGGAUGAUGCAUUUAAUCUAGCAAGAGCAUCCAUUAUAAACAUAACACUCGCUUUGAGAACCACUAAAUAUCUCAUUAAUGAGCGGGAAUACAUUCCAUGGGAGUCGGCGCUUCGGAAUCUGAACUAUUUUUUCCAGUUGUUCGAUCGCAGUGAAGUUUAUGGCGCCUUGCAGGCUUAUCUCAAGAAACAAGUCAAACCUCUGUUUGAACAUUUUGGUACUAUCAGCUCAAACUGGACAACAGUUCCUAAAGGCCACACUGAUCAGUUCACACAGAUCAUUGCACUCUCACUAGCCUGCAGUACCGGCGUGGAGGGAUGCAGAGAACUAACCAAGAGCUGGUUCAAAAGAUGGAUGCAGAAUCCUCAUAUCAAUGCGAUUCAUCCUAACCUGAGGUCCACAGUGUACUGUGACGCCAUCGCUGCGGGCGGAGCAGAAGAAUGGAACUUUGGCUGGCAGAUGUUCAAGAAGGCCACAGUUGCAGCUGAAGCGGUCAAACUGAGAUCGGCGCUGGCCUGCACCAAAGUGCCCUGGUUGCUGAACAGGUACCUGGAAUAUACUAUGAAUCCAGAAAAGAUCCGCAAGCAGGAUGCCACUUCCACCAUUGGGUACAUUGCCAGUAAUAUUAUUGGCCAACCUUUGGCAUGGGACUUUGUCCGGGCAAACUGGGACUAUUUCUUCAAAGUGUACGGCACUGGAUCAUUCACUUUCUCCAGAUUUAUUGGUGACAUCACCAGUAGAUUCUGCACACCAUUUGAACUCAUUCAGUUGAAACGGUUCCAACAGGACAACGCUGAGACUGGAUUUGGCUCGGGAACUCAAGCGCUGCAGCAGGCCAUCGAGAAGACAACAGCCAAGAUUAAGUGGCUGGCAGAGAACAAGGAACCGGUGCUGCAGUGGCUCACCUCACAAUCAGUGUAAACUUCAUAUCUGAUCAGAGUCAGUUCAGGACUGGCUCCAACCUCACAUGUAUUCAUCAUCCUGUAACUUGACUGAAUGAAAAUGAACGGAUGCUAACAGCAUUUUGGCAGCAUGUUUUUAGGAGCAUUCAUAUCACAAGGACAGCCCCUCCUGAAGUAACCUGAGAAAUGUCUUGCUCAAGGACACAGUGAUAGUCAAUGGAGUGCUUCAUUACCAGCUAAGAUAUUUAACCACUACAUCACAUUACUCUGAUGCAAAUGACGAUACAUAAGAGACAAUACAAAAUACUUGGAUUGAAAAAGCAGGGAACCUUUCAGAAUUUGUGUAUAAUUAGCAGUGUUGCCAAGUCGAGCAUCACUAUUAUUAUUAUUAUUGCUCAUACUUAUUGUUAGGAAUUUAAACAAAGUCCCGAUCCUAUGCAUUUAAUGCACUGACUCAUCCUGCACCAUAUCUGCUAUGAAUAUAAGUUAUACUUCAAAUAAUGCAGGUUGUUCAGAAGAGGUGUGCUACUUUUCUGAGCGUUUGCACUUGGGUGAAAAAAAAAAUCCUAUAGAUGAAUCCCGAAUCUGAGCCUUAUCAUAAACGAAAAACUUGUCCUUUUGACUUGAGUAAGUAGCAUCCUAGCAUCUGUCCAACCACACACGAGACCAGUUGUUACUGGGAAACUGGCACUCAUAUUUUCGCAUAAUUAAAAUGUAAAAUAUUAUUCAUUUUUUUAUUGUUAACUUGCUAUUAUUGACUGGAUUAUUCAUUUGAUAUUAUGCUGCCAUGAAACAGUACAGAUAUACGUUACUGUUUAAAACUUGGAGUUAGUAUGGUUUUUGGGGGAUGAAAUUAACACUUUUAUUCAGCAAGGACACAUUAAAUUAAUUAAAGACAAGACAUUUAUAAGGUUACAAAAGAUUUCUUUUUUAAAUAACUGUUGUUCAUUCAUUUGAACAAAGUAUCCUUAAAAAAGAAUCAUUUCCCACAAAAAAAAAAAAAAAAAAAAAAAAAAAAAAUUAAAUAGCACAACCAUUUUUAAUAUUGAUAAUAAUCAGAAUCUGGUCACACUUUAUAUUAGGUGAUCUUAUCUACUAUGUACUUACAUCAAAAAAUCAGUACAAUGUACUUACUGUGUUCAUAUUGUAUUGGAAAACACAAGUACUGCUUUUGAGGUGGGAUUCGGGUAAGGUAGGGGUCCUUGAUUAUGAUUUCACUUUUUUAACUUUAGUUAGUGUGUAAUGUUGCUGUUUGAGCAUAAACAACAUCUGCAAAGUUACAACACUCAAAGUUCAAUGCAAAGGGAGAUAUUUUCUUUUACAGAAAUCGCUUUUUAAGGACUACAUCAAACGGCUGUUAGGGACUACAAUGAGCUUCUUCCUGGGUUGGUGACAUCACUAACCCUAAAAUUUACAUAAACCCCACCCCCGAGAACACGCAACAAAGGUGGUGCGGCCAUGUUGGGCCGCUUUAGAGAAGAGGAAGAGUUGCUGUAGUAGAGUGUUGUUGACAUGCUGUCAUUUUACUCCGGACUGCUUCACAAACGAGGGUCAAUUCAACGCUGGAUUUACACAAAAGAUUAACAUGACGGCACAAGCUAUUAAAGCUCCGCCCUCUUUUGGAAAGGGGGCCAGGAGCAGCAGCUCAUUUGCAUUUAAAGGGACACACACAAAAACAGCAUGUUUUUGCUCACACCCAAAUAGGGGCAAAUUUUUACAAGCUAUAAUAAAUGAUCAAUGGGGUAUUUUGAGCUGAAACUUCACAGACACAUUCUGGGAACACCAGAGACUUACAGUACAUCUUGUAAAUAGAUCCCCUUUAAAAUAUAAGUACAAUGUAAAAACAUGCAUGUACACAAUAAGUGCAUUGUAUCAAAUGAUUCAUUUAAAGGGAUAGUUCACCCAAAAAUGAAAAUUUGAUGUUUAUCUGCUUACCCCCAGGGCAUCCAAGAUGUAGGUGACUUUGUUUCUUCAGUAGAACACAAAUGAUGAUUUUUAACUCCAACCGUUGUGGUCUGUCAGUCGUAUAAUGCUUGUCAAUGGGAACACCAUCUAUAAGAGUAAAAAAAACAUGCACAGACAAAUCCAAAUUAAACACUGCGGCUCGUGACGACACAUUGAUGUCCUAAGACACGAAACAAUCGGUUUGUGCGAGAAACCGAACAGUAUUUAUAUCAUUUUUCACCUCUAAAACACCACUAUGUCUCUAACAACGGAAGUGAUGUCUCGCACUCAUUGAAGUAUAAGCGUGAGACAUCACUUUCAUCAUCAGAACGCGUGUUCAGACCUCACCAACCGGAUGCUCAAGGCAGUUGGACAUAGUGGUGUUUUAGAGGUGAAAAAUGAUAUAAAUACUGUUUGGUUUCUCGCACAAACCGAUUGUUUCGUGUCUUAGGACAUCAAUGUGUCGUCACGAGCCGCAGUGUUUAAUUUGGAUUUGUCUGUGCUUGUUUUUUUUUACUCUUAUAGAUGGAGUUCCCAUUGACAAGCAUUAUAAGGAGUUAAAAAUCAUCAUUUGUGUUCUACUGAAGAAACCUACAUCUUGGAUGCCCUGGGGGUAAGCAGAUAAACAUCAAAUUUUCAUUUUUGGGUGAACUAUCCUUUUAAAUGUUAGUACAUAAUAGUUAAAGACACCUAAUAUAAAGUGGGACCCAGAAUUUUUUUCUUGAGCAUCAAACUAUAUUAGAGUGAUUUCUGAAGGAUCAUGUGACACUGAAGACUGGAGUAAUGAUGCUGAAAAUUCAGCUAUGAUCACAGGAAUAAAUUAAAUUUUUACUAUAUUUCUGAUCAAAUAAAUACAUAGUCCUAGGAGACUUCUUUCAAAAACAUAAAAAAAUCAUACUAACCCCAGCUUUUGAAAGGUUGUGGUAGUAGACAUUGUACAAAAACAUUUUAAGGCAUUUUUUGAUACAUGUACAUCUGUUAUUUUUUCUCUUGAAUAAAUAAUCAAGGUGUUGAAACUUC